CCUCAAUUCUUCGAGACUCUUCAGCAUAAAAGCUAUUACUUCUUGGCCAAACUCGCAAUAGCGUAGUUUUGAUUAAAGCACCACCCAAGCAGUCAUUUUUAGUACAGUGACGGACCUAUUGGAGGAACAUGGGGACAUUGUCGUCGAGGUUGACCUUGGCUUUGGUCCUCCUGGUUCCGAUGGCUCAAGGAGUGAUUGUGCUCACUGGCAUUGGAGCAGUUCUGGGACGAAUCGAGACCAGCUUUGAGGGCAACUCGUUCUUUGGCUUUCAUAGCAUUCCGUACGCCCAUCCACCUCUGGGGACGCUUCGUUUCCGGGAUCCAUUACCUAUUGGCAAUUGGCAAGGUGUUUUCAACGCUACUUUGGAUGGACCCGCUUGUAUCCAGAUCCCGGCCAUCGUCGAAACGGGAACCAUCGGCGCUGAAGAUUGUUUAUGGUUGAGUGUCUACACGCCUAGUUUAGUGCCCGAAUCUAAAUUGCCCGUGGUAGUUUGGAUCCACGGUGGACGUUGGUCGUACGGGUCUGGACGACAAUCCAGCUACGGGCCCCAUCAACUCAUUGAUCGAGGCGUGGUUGUGAUCCAUGUUCAAUAUCGGCUAGGUGCUCUUGGUUGGUUGAGCACCCAAGACUCUGUGGCUCCUGGUAAUUACGGCUUCAAUGACCAGGUGUUAGCCUUGAAAUGGAUCAAGUCCAAUGUUCACAGCUUUGGUGGGGAUCCGGAUAGGAUAACCCUUUUGGGCCAUAGUGCCGGGGGCGCUAGUGCCCAUGGUCACAUCAUCUCCCCUUUAAGCAACGGGCUCUUCCAGCGGGCAAUCUCUAUUAGUGGAGCCACAACCAUGGCUUGGGCGGGCCAACAGAAUAACCAUGGACAAAUAGCCCGCAGACAAGCUCAACUUGUGGGUUGUCCCAUUCACCCUUCUCAGGCUUUAAUCGAGUGUCUCCGAACUGUGGAUGCCGUGACCUUAACAGCUUCGGCCUCAGGUUUCACUGAGUUCUUUCCCGACACUGCGGCCAAACUUCCCUUUGGCGUGUAUUCUCCCAGAGUUGAUGUCGAGGCAGACUAUCCAUUUUGGCCUCUUGAUCCGACAGAGGCUUUGGCUUUGGGGGAAUUUAACAAGGAUAUCCCUUGGAUGACCGGAAUCACUUCCAUGGAAUCGAGCGCCUUCUCUGUGGAGCUGUUUGGCAAGAUCUGGGAGGAUCGACUGGCGUUUGCCAAUGACAACCUAAAUGAGGUCUUCAAGCAUCUAUUCACCCACCCGGGUGUAGGUCCACAAGAAAGAGAUGCAAUUUGGGACUUUUACUUCAACAACAAAGAGUGGAACCGAACGGAGCAUCGGAUAAGAGUAGCUGAAAUGAUGUCAGACUCGCUUUUCAACUUUGAAGAGCUCUUGGGCGUUUACCUACAAUCCCGGCAAUCUCUGUCCAAUAUCUAUUUGUACAAAUUCAACUAUAUCGGAAGCUGGGGCUAUGUCAACAUGUAUGGAGAGAGCCCCAACCAUCACGGGGGAGUAGCUCAUCUGGAUGAUGUACGAUACAUCAUGAGCAUGCCCUGGGCCGGACCGCACAAUGAGGAGGAUAAGAGGAUGGUGAAGCUAUACACAUCGAUGAUUGGAAACUUCAUUCGUAGUGGCAAUCCUUCUUUGGAGCAAAACAGUUGGUUGCCAUUUCGUCCCGGCCGAGGACGCCUUCUGAACUUCAAUUCCCCAUUUGAUGCCCAAAUGAGCCGUUGUUUGCCUUUUCCCUUGCCUCGUUUGAGCUUCUGGCGGCAGAUCUUAAACGUCCCCUGGUUUCUCCAUUGGGAUUACUUGACGUGCUCAUUGAAUGAUGAAACAAGUGUCAAGGCAGUGAAUGAAGUGUUUGAGACUGACGAUAUCUUGGAAAAGAACGUCGUUUAAAUCCGUCUAAAAAUGUAUCAAACGAAAUGGAUGGUAUUAAUUCAUUCUGUCAACAGUCGGGGAGAAAACAACAUUCAGCUUUGAAAUGGAAAUAAAUUGAAAAGUAGACCACGGUAAACUUUUUUCACACACAAAAAAAUCUGAGAGUGUUGCAUUUUUAUUGCCUAUGUUGAGGCCAGUUUUUUAAGAGA